AAUAAAAGAAAUAAACAUGUGCAAAAAUUUAUAAUUAUAUAAAAAUUGUGAAUUUUAAAAAAAUUCAGGAACUAAAAUGGCAGAAAAAAUUGGAGAACAAAGUAGGAAUCAGUAAUGAAACAGAGUGCUAAGAUUACAAUUUAGCUUCACUUGAGAUUUUUUACAUUAUCUAUUAAAGUUUAAGCAUCACUUCUUUAAUGCUUUCGCAUCCUCAUCCCCUUUUAGAUUUUCACCACAAUCUUGUAUAUAGCAUUAUAGAGAACAAUGUUAUCUUACUCAUCCUAUUGUAGACAAUGUUAUAAUCAUAUUUUCUAGAUUGUACUUUGCUAUAAUUUGAUGGACAAUGUGGGUCCCUUAACAUAAUAUAAGUAAUAUAAGUAAGAGCUCAUUAGCUAUUCUACCUAUUGUUUGUUUUGUUUUUCUGUUAUGUUUUUCAGGAUUUGCAUUUUAGACAAGUUAUGGACCCAUCCAUUCUUAGUGGGAUGAGAGGAUUUGGGGUGGCGACAAUUCCUCGAUGGCCAUGGUUCGUUUUCUUAGCUGGAGGAAUGGGCUGCCUAGCUUGCAGUUCUCUUUCCCAUCUUCUGGCCUGCCACUCUAAAGACUUUAACUUAUUCUUCUGGCGUCUAGAUUAUGCUGGGAUCUCUCUUAUGAUUGUGUGUUCCUUCUUUGCCCCUAUUUACUAUGCUUUCUUCUGCAAUCCUUACUCAAGGUUAUUUUAUUUGGCGUCAAUAUCUCUGCUUGGAGUUCUUGCCAUCAUUGCCCUGCUUGCACCUUCACUUUCUACCCCUCGGUUCCGACCCCUCAGAGCCACCUUAUUCCUUUCCAUGGGCUUUUCAGGUGUCAUUCCGGCAGCUCAUGCUGUUAUCCUGUACUGGGGUCAGCCUCAUAUAUUUGUUGCACUUGGAUAUGAGCUUGCUAUGGCCAUUCUAUAUGCCACUGGAGCAGGGUUUUAUGUUUCUAGAAUACCAGAACGAUGGAAGCCUGGAGCAUUUGACAUCGCAGGGCAAAGCCAUCAAAUUUUUCAUGUCUUUGUUGUUCUCGGCGCACUUGCCCAUAGUGUUGCCACACUAGUCAUAUUGGAUUUCCGACUGAGAUUACCUACUUGUGCGGAUUAGCCAAUUAAUACAUACAUGUUUUAGAACACUUGAGAGAGAUAUUGUAUCAGUUUCCUAUU